CAUUCAAACACCUAUAUCAGUCGCUUCACGACCGUCCUGCCGGACAGACGGUUGUAGACAAUAAUAAAUAUAAAGUGUAUCUCACUCUCUUUUGCCGGUAUUCUCUAUCGUCAAAAAUUUCAAGAAAGUUGUCUUCCUUGAAUGAAAAGUGGUAGCGGAUUAUUUAACCACGUGACAUUCGAAAUUCUAUUAAAAAUGUUCCAUGUCCAAAGACCAAGGUUGUGCCAUUUUCAAGUCGACGAAAUUUUGUGCGUGAAACAUUCACUUCAAAUGAGUUCAUCAUCAUCACCAUCAUCAUUAUUAUUUAGCGAGCGCAAAAAAUGGAAAUGCGCAAAUCGCAAAAUGCAGGUGUUAAUAAGGUGGUUUUCAACAAAAUUACAAUUUAAUAAUAAUACAAUUUUUAAGUGACUGUGUUUUGUCGUGAGAAUUAUUAUAUUUUAAAAAAGAAAAAAAAAUUACCGAGUGAUUGAUAAAAAGGUUUUUUUUCUCCCUGUGAAAUUUAAUUUCAAGAAAACGCACAAAAAUGCAUUUAACUGGCGAAGGAGACGAGAGUAAUUCUUGGGGUUAUCAAAAUACUUUGAUGUAUGGCCGCUAUACGAAGGACCUGGGUGAAUAUGCAAAAGAAGAGGCACGUAGGCUCAAAUCACAUAAAAAGUCGAGGAGAAAAUUGGAGCAGGCUCGAGCUGAGGAUCUUAGAAAAUCAACAAGAGGUCCACUAUGCAGAAAAUUGGUGUCACUAUUGGCCUUCGCCUGGAAGCACACUGGAGCAAGACUCGGCGAAGAUUGGGUCUUUCUUGCAUUGCUCGGCGUGAUAAUGGCACUCAUCAGCUAUGUCAUGGAUCGUGGCAUUUCUAUGUGCAACAACGCUAGGAUAUGGCUCUUUGGAGAACUCACGACUCAUCCCGCUCUGCAAUACAUCGCCUGGGUGACACUUCCGGUAUGCUUGACUCUAUUCAGCGCGGGAUUCGUUCACAUAGUUGCACCACAGAGUAUAGGAUCGGGAAUUCCCGAGAUGAAGACAAUUUUACGUGGCGUCGCCUUGAAGGAAUAUCUCACAUUUCGUACUCUGGUUGCGAAGGUAAUUGGACUCACGGCAACAUUGGGUUCGGGUCUACCGCUCGGCAAGGAGGGUCCAUUUGUUCACAUUGCCAGUAUUGUGGCAACGCUACUCUCAAAAUUGGUGACAAGUUUUCAGGGGAUUUACGAGAAUGAGAGUAGAAAUUGUGAAAUGUUGGCAGCGGCGUGUGCAGUUGGUGUUGCGUCGUGUUUCGCUGCACCAAUUGGCGGUGUUCUAUUCAGUAUUGAAGUAACAACUGUCUAUUUUGCUGUGAGAAAUUAUUGGCGAGGAUUCUUCACUGCUGUCUGUGGUGCAACGAUGUUUCGUCUACUGGCAAUAUGGUUUCAGAGAGAGGAGACGAUAACGGCAAUGUUCCUCACUAAUUUCACCAAUGACUUUCCAUUUGAUCCGCAGGAGCUUUUUGUUUUUGCUUUAAUUGGAGUUGGUAGUGGACUUGGUGGGGCGUUUUACGUCUGGUUGCACAGGCAGUACGUCAUCUUUAUGAGGAAGAACAAGAGCAUGAACAGCUUCUUACAGAAGAAUCGUUUCCUGUACCCUGGGAUAGUGUCUUUAAUGGUAUCGUCAGCAUCGUUUCCUUUAGGAUUGGGCCAAUUUAUGGCUGGUGAUUUAAAUACUCACGAUCAAGUUCAUGGACUCUUCACUAAUUUCACAUGGACAAAGGAGAAUCUCAAUGUUGAGGAAGUGAACAUCGUUAAACAUUGGGUUACACAACAUACAGAUGUAUUUAUCGGACUUUUAAGUUUCACAUUAUUCACGUUCAUUUUUUCCAUUAUAAGUUCUACCGUACCGGUACCAUCGGGAAUAUUUAUUCCUGUUUUCAAAAUAGGAGCAGCACUUGGACGAUGUGUGGGAGAGGGAAUGGCUCUUUGGUUUCCAACUGGUGUUCGUUAUGGAGGAAUUAUUACUCCAAUCAUUCCAGGUGGAUAUGCAACGGUUGGUGCGGCUGCAUUUUCAGGAGCUGUAACGCAUACAAUUUCAGUGAGCGUCAUCAUAUUUGAAAUGACUGGUCAAAUCACUCAUAUUGUUCCUGUUAUGAUAGCUGUUUUAAUUAGUAACGCAAUUGCCGCUCUAUUACAGCCGAGCAUAUACGACAGUAUAAUUUUGAUUAAAAAGCUACCGUACCUUCCGGAUCUCUUGCCAUCAAGUUCCGGUAUGUAUAAUGUUUACGUAGAAGAUUUUAUGGUACGUGAUGCAAGAUACAUUUGGCAUGGAAUAUCGUAUCAGAGAUUGAAGGAAAUUUUGAAAGAAAAUCGAAAACUUCGUGGCUUUCCAUUGGUGGAUAAUCCCGAAUCGAUGAUUCUUCUUGGAUCAAUACAGAGACUCGAACUCAUCAAGUUGAUUGAAAAGCAUAUUGGCAGGGAAAGAAGAUUACAGGUUGCUCAAAAAAUGCAGAAAGAGGCUGAAGAGAGAGUGAGAGAAGAAAUGGAGAGACAAUUAAGGGAACAAGAAAGAUCGAGGAGACCAUCGCGAUUUGAGGUGAUACCAGCGCCUGACAUUCUCAAAAUGCAGAGGCAAAGUGCCACCGAUUUGUCCACGUCGGGAAACAAUGGAAGUGCGUCUGAUAAUCACAUUUUCCACGCUCCUGUAUUUGGAACCCAACCGAAAAAGUCGAUAUUAAAGAAGACGAAUUCCUUCACUCUGAAGGGUUUCAGUCCCUUGGCCAGUCCGGCCGUUACUCCGUACACAACAGUCACGGGAGCAGAAAGCAGAAUAAGAUUAGCUUUCGAAGCAAUUUUUAGGAAAUCUGCAACAUUACAGGAUGUUGAUCCAGAUCCAGAAAUGGGAUCAAGAGGCAGGCGGGACAGUGAGGAUGGAAUUAAUGCUCAACCACAUCAUCCGAUGCUUGUCCCCAGUCCUGCUACUUUGAAGAAAGUUCAACUCCCUCGUGAAAGGGUGAUUGACAUGUCAGCAGAGGACCAGAAAAUAUGGGAGGAGAGUGAAAUGGCACUUGAAGUUGAUUUCUCAGUCUGUCAUAUUGACCCAGCUCCAUUCCAGCUAGUCGAACGGACAUCCUUACUGAAAGUUCACAGUCUUUUCAGCAUGGUUGGGGUCAAUCAUGCCUAUGUGACUGCAAUCGGCAGACUUGUCGGUGUGGUCGCUCUCAAAGAAUUAAGGAAAGCAAUUGAAGACGCCAACUCAGGAAUACUACCAAUACACAACGAGUCAAAUCUCACAGUUUCAAAUUCAAGUCUCUUUAAAAUUGAUCCGAACGUCAAUCGAAAUAGUACUAAUCACAUUAAUUCGGUGGCAUUAAAUCCAAUAGGUUUUGAAAAUAUUAAUAAAAUCGAAAAGGCCUAAAAGAGAUUUUUUUUUUGUAAAGUAAAAAAUCGACCAGAUGUCAAUUGUGAUAGUUGCGUUAUCAUAUUUUUUUUGCGUAACGCAACCUAUAAAAGAGUGUUUAUUAUUCAUUUUUCAUAUUGUGACGCACGAAAAUAUAAUGUACAAAUGUAAAAAAAAAUGGUGAGAUUUUAGGGAAAGAAUUUUAAAAUUCAAAGGAAUCAAAGAAUCAAAUUCUAAUUUGUAAAAAUGUACUUGCGAUGUACUUAAAUAUUUAUGAACAAACGAAUGAUAUACACCUAUAGGAAUGAAUUUUUCCCCAAUUGAAACAAGUUUUGGAUUUUUUUUUAAUUUAUUCAGUUUGGAAUUAAUUUUCAAUAAUGCACAGGAAAGAGAGAGUAAAGUAACUUUUACUAUACUUGCAUGGUAAAUUUUGAAUUGUCUGGAAUUUUUGGCGAGAAAGUGAAGAGUAAAUUUUACUAAAUCGUACACGAAGAUUUUACUAUACCCGGAGUAAUGUUUACUAUUUUCAAUGUGAAUUUUACUAAAUCCUAUACAAAAUUUGUACUAUCCGAAGUAAAUUUUACUAUUUUCGAACUAAUUUUCACUAUUUAGGAAGAAAAUUUUUUUUGAGUAAAUUUUACAAGAGUAAGAGUACGAAGCAUUUUACUAUUUCUAAAGUAAAAUAAAGUUUACUUCGAAAAUAGUCAAAAUUGAAAAAAAUAGAAAUUCCAGACGUAUUUUUCAAUUAAUUUUUGCUUGAACCGACUUUGAAAAUCCCUAAAUCUCAUAUUAAAAAAAUACAAAAAAUUCCGUAAGUUACUAGAAAAAAAAUUACGAUGAGUUUCUUCUUCUAUUUAUUUUUAAACCGAAAAUAUAUUUCUCUUAAACUAAAAUCAGUAAAUUUCAUCGUAAUUUUUAUCUCAGUUUUUUAAAAUAUUAAAUUUGUGAUCUACAUUUUCAAAUGAAUGUGAAUUUUUUUUUAUUUAAAUAAUUGAGUGUAGUAUUUGUCAUGUUAAUUUGUAAAACAAUAUGUAUUGUAUAUAUGAUUUUACUGUCAUGAGUGAUUUAUAUUUUUAAGAUCAUUGUCAAAUACGAGUUUUAAAAAUCUUAGAUUAUUCCAUAACAAUGUUUUAAAUUCUUUUUCAAUUUUGAUUGAAAAAUGAGCGAAAGAAGAAAGAUUUAAAAAAAAAUUGUAAUUAAUUUUAAAUAGCGACACGAUAGAAAAAAUUCGGCGCGCGCAUUGCGAAAGUCGUCGCUAAGAAAACUUUAGGGAGGGGGAAAAAUUUGUCGAUUCGACACUAAGCGAGGGAGAGAAAAUAAAAUACAAAAAAAAAAGAAUUUUAUAAAUUUUAAUUGGCGGAGAUAUUUUGAUAAAAUUUAUAAGAAAAUAUUCUAUCAUUCCUAACAGAUGUAUAUGAAUCGCAAAAAUAAUAUUAAUUGCUCGGUUUUAUUAUUUUAUUUCGUAAAAUCAAUUCGACUUUGUCUUUUAUUUAUUCAUUUUGAUCUAAAUUGCAAAUAUUUAAAAAUUUAUUUAUUAAUCAAGAAUCAAAAAGAGGGAUUAUUGAGAUCAAGAUUGUAAAUCGAAAUUAAAAAAAAAAUUUUUUUCACAAAAUCAAAAAAUAGAAGAAAAUGAAAAAUUUCUUCUCAUAUUUUAGAAUUUUAAAAAGAAAAUUGUCUAGUUUUCUACAUUAAAAAUUUUUCCCUCAUCCUUAUUGCGUAUGUAUGUGUGUUUGUGUUUUCAUAUUUUUCGAACAUUCCAUAUUCGAAUAGUGCGCGACAAAAUCUUCAUUUUAUUUUGUAAAUAUCCACUAGAAUGAGUUAAAAGGAACUUUUUAAAAAAAUUGUUAAUAAUUAAUUUCCCUGCGUAAUUGUGUAAAUAAUUGAUUUAUCACAGGAAAAAAAGACAGUAUAUGUAUAAUUUAUUGUAUCUAGAUGUUCUAUUUUUAAUUAAUUUAGGGAAUUAUUAUUAAAUUAAAUAAUUAUUAAAUCACUGUAAACAAUAAUUAUAUCGUCGAGAGAAAAUUAUUAUUAAAAAAAAGUAAGUGCUUACUAAAAUCGCACCGAGUUUAUUUUGAUUAACGCAAAAAAAAAAAUGGAUUUUCAAAUUAUGAAAAUAAAUAUUGUAUAAUUGAAAAGAUAGU